AUGGGUUUUAUCGCCACACAACUGCCAUACACCGGCCGAGGUGCAACCUUGCGGAUCGGCCGUGCAUAUGUCGACUCACAGUCGAACGCGAAUGCAUCUACUCAGAUCAUCGUGCCACAGAUGCCAACUUGGAAGAAGUACGCUCGAAUUGUGCUGCCUCACGUUGGACUCAUUCUACUUUCGCUGCUCUAUGUCGUUGGGGGAGCGGUCGCCUUUUAUCACAUGGAACGACCUAACGAGGUUCUCCUGAUGGCUGUUCGAGAGUCAGCGAUACGACGUUUCAACCAGCACAAGGAACGAAUGUUGGACGAGUUAUGGACUCUCGUCGAAUCCGGUGCACCACCAGAUCUGAUCGAAGAACGAGCCAGUCUUUACGUAGAAAACUCGACUCGCAUUCUCUUCGAGGCAUUCGAUACACAUUUCAUUAGCGCGGCACUUCUCAAGCCCGGUGGAGAAAAUGAGGCGUACUCCUGGACAUUCAUCACUGCACUUUUCUUCACAGCCACUCUCCUGACAACGAUAGGAUACGGUAACCUUGUGCCGGUCACGUGGCAUGGGCGGAUGUUUUGCAUCGCAUACGCUCUUCUGGGUGUGCCACUAAUUUUGAUCACAGUAGCUGAUAUUGGCAAAUUCCUCUCAGAAAACAUCGUCUGGCUUUAUUCAAGAUAUUCCAAAGCUCGAAAACAGUGUCACCGACCAACUUAUGCCGCAUUACCAACUAAGGAUGAGAGCACCCGAGAAGGAGAGCAACUCAUGCAGGGUCUUGAGCAAUACAUCUCGAUCCCUGUGGCAUUAAUUGUUGUGAUACUACUUGGCUACAUGGCCGUCGGUGCAGUAUUGCUAGGAUCAUGGGAAAACUGGCAGUUCUUCUCUGGAUUCUACUUCUCUUUUAUCACAAUGACAACU